UUAUGCAGAGACGUAAACGGACUGACUGACAGGUUCACCGACUGACUGACUGACUGACAGGCCGACGGACGGAGCUCCUCUGACAACAUGUGGCUUCGGGAGGAGCUGCUCAAAUCCAUCUGGCACGCGUUCACCGCACUGGACGCGGAUCAUCGUGGAAAAGUGUCCAAGUCCCAGCUAAAGGUGCUGUCCCACAGCCUGUGCACGGUGAUGAAGGUCCCCCACGACCCCGUGGCCCUGGAGGAGCACUUCAGGGACAACGACCAGGGCCCGCUGUCCAACCAGGGCUACAUGCCGUACCUCAACAGGUUCAUCCUGGACAAGGUGCGGGAGGACUUCGACGUGCUCGAGUUCAACAGGAUGUGCUGGACGCUGUGCUACAAGAAGAACAUCUGCCCGACGCGCCUGCGCAUCUCGGAGGACGACGCCUUCAAGGUGUGGUGCAUCUUCAACUUCCUGUCCGAGGACCAGUACCCGCUGGUCGUCGUCGUCGAGGAGAUCGAGUACUUCCUGCGAAGGAUGAUGGAGGCCAUGGGCGCCGCGUGGAGCGACGACGCCUUCUCCAAGUACAAGCUGCAGCUGAGCUCGAGGGAGCACCGCGCGACGGCGUGGGAGCUGAUCGAGCUGGUGGGCGCGGGCUACUACAGCCUGUGCGGGCACCGCCACGCGCUGUCCCUGGGCAUCAACGAGGUGUUCCAGGAGCUCAUCCUGGACGUGCUCAAGCAGGGAUACAUGAUGAAAAAGGGCCACAAGCGGAAGAACUGGACCGAGCGCUGGUUCGUGCUUCGACCCAACGCCGUGUCCUACUACGUCAGCGAGGAUCUGAUGGAGAAGAAGGGCGACAUCGUCCUGGACAAAGGCUGCUGCGUGGAGUCUCUGCCGGACAAGGACGGGAGGAGGUGCCUGUUCAUCAUCAAGUGCGCCGACGUCAGCUUCGAGGUCAGCGCGUCGGAUAAGAAGAAGAAGCAGGAGUGGAUGCAAGCCAUCCAGACGUGCAUCCAGCUGCUGAGGCUGGGGCUGCCGUCCCCGCACCGCGAGGACCGCCUGCGGCGCCGGGAGCUGCGGCAGCACGCGCACGCCAAGGCGCACGCGGACGGGGACGACCUGGUGGAGAGGAUGAGGCAGCUCCAAGCGGCCAACGAGAACAAGCAGAGGCAGCUGGAGGCCAUGAGACAGAAAAUGGAGGAAGCCGCAGCUAAAGCGGCACUAGAGGAGCUGAGGAGGGAGAAGAGCCAGCUGGACCUGCAGGACCGCUACAGACUGGACCUGGAGAGAGAGAAGAUGGUGCGUCAGCAGAUGGAGGAGCAGAUGGCUCAGAAGUCCAGUGAACUGGACCAGUACCUGCAGCGGGUCGACGAGCUGGAGGGCAUGUACCGGCAGCUGACGGAGGCCUUGGAGGACGAGAGGCAGGCCAAGCAGGACGAGGAGGCCAUGCGCAGGCUGCAGGCCAGGCUGCUGGAGGAGGAGGCGGCGAAGCGGGAGCAGCUGGAGCAGAUGCACCUGCAGCAGCAGCGGAUCCUGAGCCAGAGCGAGGCCGAGCGCCAGGAGCUGGUGGCCGAGCAGGAGGCCAAGGAGGCGGAGCUGAGGGCCGCCCGGCUGCAGCUGCAGCAGCUGGAGAGCGAGCGGCGGGGGGCGCUGGAGCAGUACAAGGAGGUGUCGCGGAAGCUGGAGAGAGCAGCCAACAAGACGAAGACCUGGAAGGACAAGGUGGCCAAGCACGAGGGGCUGGUGCGCCUCAUCCAGCCAGGUCAUAAGGGGCCUCAGAGGAUCACCAACUGGGGGCCGGCAUCCUUCACCGACGCCGAGCUGGAGAUGAGGAAGAAAGCCUGGCAGGAGAGUAAGAACCAGGCAGCGCCGGCGGAGUGAGCCCUGGUUCCGACCCGGACCCCCCCCCCCGCAGAUCACAUUUAAUUAACUCCAUUUCAUUCCAGCCAUCUUAAAUCUAUGUGCUGCUUUGCUUUGCUCCGCGUGCGUUUGCUUCUAUUUCAUUUUUUAGUGACUCGUUUUAUGAGCGACUGAACUCACCCACUGAUCCUCACGUUGCACAGGACAGAUUUAAGAACCUCCAUCGUCCUUUAACCCUGCUGUGCGUCAAGAGCCAAGUUUAGUGCUGCACCUUAAAAAAAACACCUUCAGGUCCAGGAAAUGUUUCUACAGGAGAAAACCCUGGUUCUUUAGCAUUUCAUUGUGCCUAUUACAGUAAUAAUGUGGAUUAUGAAGCAAUAAAGGCAUUUAAUUUUUAUGCCGUC